AUGCAGGUCCCCCUCAUCCGCCUCCAGUGCGGCGUCAACUCGUACGAAUGGGGCAAGAAGGGCAGCGACUCUGCCGCCGCCAAAUUUGCUGCUGCGACGCCCGCCACCGACUUUUCCGUGCAACAGGACAAGCCCUACGCUGAACUCUGGAUGGGCACCCACCCCUCCAACCCGUCCCGCGACCUCCACACCGGCCGCACCCUCCUUGAGCUCGUCGCCGAGAACAAAGCCCUCCUGUCUCCGACCGUCGCUGCCCGCUUCGGCGACAAGCUGCCCUUCCUCUUCAAGGUCCUCUCCAUCAACAAUGCCCUCUCCAUCCAGGCCCACCCCAACAAGAGCCUGGCCGAGCAGCUGCACGCCCGCGAUGCCAAGAACUACCCCGACGACAACCACAAGCCCGAGAUGGCCAUUGCCAUCACCCCGUUCGAGGGCCUCUGCGGCUUCCGCCCACUGCACGAGAUUGCGCACUUCCUGAGCGUCCUGCCCCCGCUGCGCCGCCUCGUCGGCGAGGACAAUGCUGCUCAGUUCGAGAAGCUGGCCAGGGAGGACCCCGAGGGCCCCGUGUCGGAUACCAAGAAGCAGGCGCUAAAGAAGGCGUUUGCCGGUCUCAUGGGAGCAUCGCAAGAGUCGGUAGCUGCCCAAGUCAAGAUCCUGGUUGACCUGGCCAAGAAGGACAAAGACCAGUUCGCCGCUGGCGGUGUGCAGUCUACGUCCGGCGAGACCCUUUCUGAGCUCGUUAUCCGCCUUGACAGCCAGUUUGAAGACGACAUCGGUCUAUUCGUGCUCUUCUUCCUCAACUUCAUCAAGAUGCAGGUCGGCGAGGCCCUCUUCCUGGUUGCCGAUGACAUCCACGCCUACGUCUCGGGCGACAUUAUCGAGUGCAUGGCCGCCUCCGACAAUGUCGUUCGCGCCGGCUUCACGCCCAAGUUCAAGGACGUCUCCACCCUCGUCGACAUGCUCACGUACAACUACGCGCCCAUAGACGAGCAAAAGAUGACGCCUACCGAGUAUCCCUACGCCACCCUCAACCGCACCGGCUACAGCAGCGGCUCCGCCGUCCUGCUCUACGACCCGCCCAUUGACGAGUUUGCCGUAGUCCGCAGCGUCCUGCGCGGGCCCGGCGCCAAGGCGACCUUUGAGCCGCUCGACGGCCCGAGUAUCGUCAUCUGCACAAAUGGCACCGGCACCAUCUCCGUCGGUCCCACCACCUAUGAGAUGAAGGAGGGCUACGUCUUCUUCGUCGGCUCCACGGCCGAGCUGGUGCUCGAGUCGACGACGGGUGAGGAUGAGGAGUUUACGACGUUCAAGGCAUUCUGCGAGGUGGACGACGGGCAGAGCAAGGAAAAGUUGUGA